AUCAUAUCUCAUUUCUAUCUCAGGUAUAGAGCAGUAACAAGUGCAUAUUAUCGAGGUGCAGUUGGCGCGAUGCUAGUCUAUGACUUAACAAAACGUCAAUCAUUCGAUCAUAUGGCUAGAUGGCUGGAGGAACUAAGAGGUCACGCGGACAAGAACAUAGUUAUAAUGCUCAUCGCGAACAAAUGUGAUCUAGGAAGUCUUCGAGCUGUACCAGUUGAAGAUGCUCAAGAAUUCGCAGAAAGGGAGAAUCUUUUCUUUAUGGAAACAUCAGCACUUCAAUCCACAAAUGUCGAGGGUGCGUUCAUGACAAUUUUAACAGAAAUUUAUAAAAUCAUUAGCAAGAAUACGCUCAUUGCAGCUCCGGGAGCUGAUUAUGGGAAGUCGCAAUCUUUAAAGGGAACCAGGAUCAUUGUUCCCGGCCAGGACUCGGAUUCUGGUGGGAAUAGUGGUGGUUGCUGCAUGUCGUCAUGAUUUUUUAUUGAGUUCUGAAGGUCUUUCAAAUUAUUCAAAUAUUACUGGGAAUGUUUUAUGUUUUAUGUAGAAUAGGGAAUUGUUGUUGCUGAUGAAGUUGAUUUAGAUAGUUUUGUUUAUUUAUUUGUGUAUACAGUUCAUUA